UGUGGAAAUCGUGACGUCACUGUACAGCAACGGGAAGUAGGUGAGAUCGACGUACACAUGGAUCUGUAGCGUAUGUGGUAAUUGCGAGCUAGAGGUGUUUUAAAUCUAGAAAUGGUGUCUUGAGCAGAGAUCAUGGGGAGGAGGUAUUUUUGUGACUACUGUGACCGAUCCUUCCAGGACAACCUUCACAACCGUAAAAAACAUCUGAAUGGAGUUCAACACCAGAGGAGCAAAAAGGCCUGGUUUGACAUAUUUAGAGAUGCCUCUGAGAUAUUGGAAGAAGAACAAACCAAAAAGCUGUGCAGGCGCUUCCAGCAGUCUGGUGAAUGUGACUUUGGCCCUAGCUGUCGCUUUUCACACAUGUCAUUAGAGGAUCUGGAAGCUCUGAAGACUCAAGUAGAAGCAGAGAGAAGAAUAAGAGAUGAGCAGAGCCGGCAGGUUCCCCCCUGCAGAAUAGAAAGGUGGCUGGAGGAGAUAACAAAGAAGAAAAAUGCUCGUAGUGAGAGUUCUAACAUGGCCGAACCUCCUAUCUACCAGCUCCCUCCUGGUUGGCCUCCUCUUAGUGAGCUGCCGCCAUCACUUCACCCACCUACUGCUUCAGAAUGGAAUGAUUUUAAAGACCUGCAGUGGGGCUGAAAUUGAAGAAAAAGCCAGAGUUUGGUGGGAAGAAACAAUUUUGUAACAUAGAUUACAAUGCUGCUUUUAUAGAGACUGAUAUUUGUGGAAACUUUUUUUUUUUUUUAAUAUAUUUUUUUCCUCCAAAUUCAAUAAAAGGAAGAAUAAAAUUA